GUUGAAAUGAAACGAACAUCAAGCGGGCAUGGACAAAUUUACCGGUCGUUUGCCAGUGACAUUGGAGAGUAUGUGUGUGCGUGUGACCCUUGAUGGACCUUCUAGCGAUCCGUCCCAAGUAAUUCGCCCAGAUUUAUUUGCCCAAACAUAUUCGCUGCAUUUAUAGCGACUCAAAACUACUCCUCCUCAAUCCUGCAUGUGUAUAGUCGAGCCCGCGUUGUAAUCAUUUCCAUCCUAUCGUGUAUGGUUGCCCGCAAGUGACAUUUAUCAUGACGUGCAGGACUGGGAAAAAAUAAUCAACACCCCACGUUCGGCAUUAUUCCGACUACCGACUUCAAUCCACCUUCAACAACGCCUGUUCGUCCACCUCCAAUUGUCUCCUGAACCGCCAUAUCUACCUUGCGAGUUAUCCAGACUCUCAACCAUGGCAGCCCGCAGCUUCAUGCGCCCCUGCGCCGCGCCGCGCGCUCUGCGCCAGGCCCUCUCCCAAGCUCCCAAUGCUCCCUCACGAUCCGUCUUCACAGCUCUCCGAUCCCACACCCAUACGUCGCCGAGCCCUCGUCAGGUGCUCCCUUUGGGUCGCAGACUCUUCCACGCCGUGCCGAGCCGGAGAAAAGGCCAAGAAGCCCCCACACACGCGGCCCCGACGGACUUCGGCGAUCUCGAUGUGCUGGCCGACGUCCCUAUCCCGUCGACGUCGGUGGACGUGUGCAUGUAUGACGGGUUCGGGUUGAACAGCGGUGUUACAAUUUCGGAUGGUAACGGCGUGAUGCUGGUCGACGGAGAAGUGUUCAACUGGCGGCCGUGGGAGGCGAAGGGCUCGAUGAAUCUGGCCAACAAGAAGGGCCAGUUUGACAUUCCCGCGCAGUCAUUUGCGCUCUUUGACCUAAUAUGGCCACGACCCGACCUCCUAAUCAUUGGCACCGGCCCGUCGAUUAUGCCUCUCAGCCCCGAGACAAGACGACACAUUUCCGAGCUUGGCAUUCGGAUCGAACUUCUGGACACAAGGAAUGCGGCGGCGCAGUUCAACCUGCUGGCGACGGAGAGGGGCGUGUCGGAUGUGGCGGCAGCGAUGAUACCAGUGGGCUGGAAGGAUGGAGUUGGCGCCAAGUAACGGGCCAUGGGCUGAGUUGGCGGUGACGCCCUAGUGGAGAGCAGAGCUUGACUUGUAACUGUACCCUACGUUGUAUGAGUAAUGCAUAGAGACGGUAGUUGGAUGUAUAUCACUUUGACUGGAGCUUCACCUGAAGCGAAGGUUGGCAUUGGAACAUUGAGAAACCAUUGGGCAUGUUUGCGUGGAUACCCGUUU